AUGCAGAACAAGUUCUUUACCGCCGCAGCCCUUCUCGGUGCCAUUGCUUCAGUCCAGGCAUCGCCCGUCUCUAAGCAAGUCAAGAGAGACGUUCUCACAGCCCUGCCCGAGGGUGCGGACGAGAUUGAACUCAAGUUUCAACCUUCGCUCGACUUCGACGGCGAUGGUUGUUACCAGACUGCUGCUAUCGACCCUGAUGGCAAUUUAAAUCCUGGACAUGGAGCAACUGGCACCCCUGAGGGGGACUGCCGUGAUCCUCCUCAGCUGGAUAACUCCAACACCUACUCUCGCAAGCGAUGUAACAACGGUAUCUGCGCUAUCAUGUAUGAGACAUACUACGAGAAAGACCAGGGUGCUCUAGGAAGCUUCGCCGGUGGUCACCGUCACGACUGGGAGAACAUCGUUGUCUUCGCAAAGGGUGACACCGUCCUCCGCGUCGCCCCCUCAUGCCAUGGCGGCUACGGGGGAGCCAGCAACGAGUUCCCCAUCGACGGCACAAGCCCUCUUCUUGUGUAUCACAAGGAUGGUCCUGGAACACACUGCUUCCGCUUCGCCAAUGAUGAUGACCGGGCGAACCCUGAGAACCCUACAGGUUCCUUCUUCAAGGCUCCUCUUGUUGGUUGGGACAACUGGCCUGAUGUUGGUCUUCGGGACAAGAUGCUUCAGAACUGGAGUGGUGGUGUUGGACCGAAGUUGGAUGAUGAGUUUGGUGACUCGCUUAAGGAUGCGGCUGGUGAUGGCGGUGUUGAGGGAUUUGACCCCUACGUUGACGAGUAA